AAAUUGCUUUCUAUUUUAUACAACCUCGCCGGGCGGGUUCUCGCGUUAAGAUCAUGAAAUCACACUGUUGUCAUUGGCAAACUAAAACACAAGCUUUUGACUCGAUUAAAUGAUGUUAGUUUACUCAUGUUCUGCAACGAGGAGAGGAAUUCGGCCUUCCACUCCUCUGCCAAACAUGGACGCACGUUUCAACUUUUUGAAAGAUCAGUUAACUUUCGAUGGAAGUCGAGAUGGAAGGCCCAUUAACUUCUCGGCCAUUUGGGCAGAUCUCAUCUACUCACAAUCAACAACCUGUCAGUCAGCAGCAGUAUGUUGCAGGUGGGGAUGUAGCUUCACUCCAGCGUCAAGUUGAUCGUAUUACACAAGAAGGUCAGUUCCUUGGGAUUCAAGCUACAGAUGUGCAACAGAUAGGUUUACUUGAGAAUCAAAAGCUGCUUGUAUACCGUCAUCCACUGUUUCCAUUGUUGGGUAAGAUAUUUGAGGAAUGUGAAUUGGCAACAAAUUCCCUUGAUGCAGUGAACUCUCAAGCAUUUGAUCAAGAAAUCAAGACAUUCAUAACACUGCAAGCAAAAGAGGGGAAACCAUUUUUCACAGAUGAUGCUGACACAGAUCAGCUGAUGCUAAAGGCUCUACAGGUGUUAAGAAUACAUCUACUUGAAAUGGAAAAAGUAAACGAGUUGUGCAAAGACUUCUGUAGCAGAUAUAUCGCUUGCUUGAAAGGAAAAUUGAACAGUGAAAAUCUCAUGCGAACUCUGAACGUGCAUUCAGUGUCUCCGACACCUGAUGAGUUUUCUGAGAAUCAGACAUCAGUUCCAGUUAGUCAGGUACAACACCCCCAGCCUGUUUUCCCACCGCAGCAGGCGCUUCACGGACAGUUUAAUGGCAACAGACCGGUGAAUCUUGCAACGACCCAGCCACAAUCACCCCAACAGACUCACUUAACUAUGGCGCUAAACACAGUUACCCCAAACGCCUCUCUUGUAUCUGACGUAUCCGAUGGAAGCCUGCCCUCUACCCCGUCAUCACCCAGUGAAGAAAUGCCGAGCCUGGGUGGAUCGGAUAAGAAGAAAAACAGCAGCAAAAGAGGCAUCUUCCCGAAACACGCAACGAAUAUAAUGAAAGCAUGGCUGUUCCAGCAUUUAGUGCAUCCAUACCCAACGGAAGAUGAAAAGCGGCAAAUCGCUGCUCAAACAAACCUUACGAUAUUGCAAGUGAAUAAUUGGUUUAUCAACGCCAGACGUCGAAUACUGCAACCGAUGCUGGACAGCAGCACUUCAUACGCUAGCCUUAGUCGAGCCAAGAAGAUAAAACCACAGAAAGUUCCUGCACAACGUGCAUGGCCAGAGUCAAUUGGAGUCUACACACCCUAUCAUUCGGCAGAUGGUAUUCAGUAUCACACAACUGGUGGUGCAUUGCCAGCUGGUUACACUGUUGUAAGCCCCGGGAUUGCUCCCCAGGGCCAAUUAAUCGUGAAUGUUGGAACACCAGCAAACACCCACCAGUCACUUGCCAUAGGAUCCCAAGUGCAGUUUGUCCAAGUCUCGACGGUGCCUACUGUUGUACAAGCAUUGCCUGCUGGUUUGAUCCAAGUGACUCCAUCCGGCCAGGUCACUACAACGAGCGCCAUUACUGCCAUUGCAGUCCCCGAUGUUCAAGGUAGCAGUGACCUACGGGGAAGCAAUGCUGCUUCUUCACCGAAAACUGUCACAACAGCAUACUCAAUCGGGGAAACUCCGAAUGGGGACACCAAUGUGCUUAAGGGUGACGGGUCAGAAACAGAGGUACGAUGAUGAUACAGCCUAUUAUUCGACCCUACAUACCGAAGUAGCGGCUAUCCAUAGUUCAUAACAUAGUAGCACAAGCAUGAUUCAGUACUCCUUAUUCAUUUUUCAGUUGCAUGUGUAUUAAUGGUCAUGGAUUGUUGUCGUGUACAGUAGUUGUGAGGUGAGUGCUAGGCAUCAUUGAGCGACUCGGUUUGAGAAUGAGGCUCGGUCCUAUCCGAUAAACAUAGGUUGUCUGCACUUUGAAUGAGUCCCAAGGACAGGUUAGAAAAUAUCCAUCAAAGGAGCUCUUCUCAUGUGAAACUUCAUAUUUUUUGCCACUUUUUAACAACCUGCUUUUAUUUUGCGUGUGUUUAAUUUUCCAAUGGCCUAAAUAAUGCAAAGAAUAUCUAAAGUUAUGCCUAGCACUUGUACCUUUUUCUGUUAUAAUAAAACUUUCCAAUUUGCGAAAUGUGUGACCGUCAGUCUCGUCUUGACUUUAGUCUGGGUAAAUCUGUCAACCCGUAUGAGAUAUUGGUUGUUUGUUCAGAUUUAAGUAGAAUUUUUGAUUUUCAAAGUUUCUUUUUUAUUUUGGUGCUCUGAUAACAAUUGUCACAACUAGAUUAUAUUGUAUUGUAUAUUACUAUGCAGAAAAUAGUAUACUGUGAUUUGAACCUAAAUCGUACAAGCCCAAUAAAGUUUUACCCACUCAUCAUCUUUUCCCUGACAAAUAUUGAUUGCUUAAUUGGUAGAUAGUGCUUCUUAUAAAAUUGGCCAGAACUUGGCAUGUGUGGCGUGGUGGGUUGACAGGAAGACAUAAAAUCCUAGGUGCAUUAUUACAUAAUUGCUAGAUAUAAGUUUAAUGUGUCAGAAUGCUGUCUGUGAAUUGUUCAUUUUUUUAUAUCAAGGAGGGCAUUGCGGCAUGUAUGUAUGUAUGCAUUCUGGGGCACAACGAACUUUUUUGUGGAUCUCGAAGGACCUUGACAUAGUUUCGUGCAUGAAUCUGUUCAAGGAAAACACCCCACCCUGUGGAAUUAGCGACAACGUAUCCACUAUUGAUACCUUUGCUAAGGGCUCUUGUGAUUAUUUUUUUUCCUUUGCGAGCAGCGACAUACAGCUCCUAAAACUUAGUCGAAACCUACCAAAGUCAUGUUCGUUUGAGUGGAAAGAUGUAGGAUCGAGUGUUAUUUCAUAGCAACUGAGUUAAAGGGCUAAACGAUAUUAGUCAGUCGAAUUUUGCUUUUUUUAUUAAACAAUUAUAUUUCUUUGAUUUAGACUGAUAUUCUACAUAUAAAUGAUUUUAGGCAGUGUAUGUAACUGUGAAUUGUCAGAUCCAAUACGUCAAAUGAAAUUUUUAUUUUCCUACUUGUUGUUUUAUCGAGCCUAAGGCUCCAGAGAUUUUGAUUACACGCUGUAAGCUUGUUUUUAUGUCAUUGUACAUAGAAAGAUCGUAGAUUUAGACAAACCUGUUUUUCCUUCAGUCUUUUUCUGCCAUAGUUGUGCUUUCGCCUCAAAUUUAGCACACGUUAUCUCCUAAAUUUAUCAAGGAGAAAUCAAGAGAACGAGUUAAAGAGAGCACGUCCUUGUCUGCUAAUAAGGACGAUUUAAAGAGAAUUUGUACUAGAUCUCCUAAAUCCAGCAUUGUUUAUCAUUUUUCGUAUCAUAUCACCUCGAACCUCAUAUCAGCUUGAUUUUGCUAUGCUGUUGAUUAGCCAAAGUACUUUGAGAUAUGCACAGGCUAUUAACAAGGUCAGCAAUUAUAUUCUAAGUUCCAGUUAGCCGCAUAUAUCUUGGUCUUUCGGUCGAGUCAAUUUCCUAAUGGGUUGAUAGUGUAUGCCGUUAGAGAAAACAGGAAAGGAAGAAAGGAAUACACAAAUUUUUUAUAAGCAUACGGUAUAUUUGAAUAACAAGGCUGGAAUCUAAAUUUACAAUAUUUAAGACAUAUAAUUUUAACAAAAAAAUGAUUUUAAGCGAAUGUUACGCACAAUAACCAGGCUGAAAAAUGUAUUUAAUGUGAAAAUCAUACUUUUUAUAACAAGAAAAUCCUUGCUUGUAAGAAAAAACAAUCGCGUUAUUACAGAAAUUCUCCUCGUGGGAAAUCGCUGUAUCCUCCGGAAAGUUUUUAUUGCAACUGUUUUAUCCGGGUAGCUGAAGAACUUUGGAUAAAACAGUAGGGAUCAGGAUAACACACACAUUUAAUGUUUAAAGUAUGCUGGGCUUGCCGUUCAUUUUUUCUCAUUUUCAAAAUAUUUAUGCACAAAACCCCAUCAGCUAAUCUUACAAUGAAAAUAAGGAUAAGUUAGCUUAAUUAAAAAUAACUUUUACUAAGGCAGUGCUAAAAUUGUUUAAUUAUGUGUUUACGAUUUUUGAUUUUUAAACAUUUUACAGCUGUCCUUCCUAGGUAUCUUGUUUUGGAAAUGUGAUUACAAAAACCAGUGUUACGAUUAUACAAACCGACAAAUUACAGUAGUAAUUUACUCCUAUGCUCUACGUUUGACUCCAAGUGACAUUUUGAGACCUUUAAAUUACUUUCGCCGACGGUUUAUAUGAAAGCCAAUGAAGUAUACAAUAUUUUUUAGCAUGAUUAUUUGUUAUUGAGAAACAUAAACUGUUUUUCUCAUUUAAAGCAUCUUAUUUGCUCUGGAAGCAUAAAUGAGUGGAAAAAAUUCGAAAUAUAAUUGUUUGCAUGAUGUGGGGGAUGGAAUAAUGCAUGAAAAAUACGCACAAUGUUUGUGGGUCAGAAAGGGCCAGUUUAACAAGCCUGGCGACAACUUUGUAAAUUUACCAUUACUCUCUUUAUAAGAACCUGUUAAUUUUAAGUUCAGACUGGUUGUUCUCAAUUCCUUCGAAAAUCUGAGGUUGGACUGUUCUUAAUUUGUUCUUAAAUUAAUAGGGUGCAAGCAGUGCAAUUGCUAGCUAUUGUGCUCUAGGAAAGUGUUCAAGCCGCAUUUGCCAACAAUGCGAUUGAGACAUUUUUUAUUUGCCGACAAGUUUGAAAGUUCACCGAAGAAGUACCCCUAGAUGGCAAAAA